AUGUUCAAUGUACGACACAGUAAAUGCGAAAGUGAAUAUGAAUUUGUGCCUCUGUCGCCUUUCGUCUCUGAUGGGGUUGGAUCCCCUCCUCUGCCCCGGGAGGAUCUCGCUUCAUUUCCCGACUCGUUCUGUGUCGCAGAGAGGAAGUUGUUCGUGGGGAUGCUGAGCAAGAAAUGCAACGAGAACGACGUCCGUGCCAUGUUCAGUCCCUAUGGUCAGAUCGAGGAAUGCACCGUCCUAAGAGACGCCAAUGGCCAUAGUAAAGGUUGCGCCUUCGUGACUUUCACGACCCGACAGAGCGCCUUCAACGCCAUCAAGAAUAUUCAUCACUCCAUGACGAUGGAGGUGAGACGCUUUGCUUCCGUCUUUUUCCGUCUCGUCGGGUUGCGAUGUGGGGCGGGUUGCUCGUCGCCUCUGGUGGUGAAGUUUGCCGAUACACAAAAAGAGAAGGACCAAAAGAAGAUGAUGGCGAUGAAGCAAAGCCUAUGGAACAUGGGGAACAUGAACAUGGGCAGUCUCACCCCCCAGUACCUCUCGUUGUUGCAGAGUGUGGCAGCAUUAGCAGCCCAACAGCAGCAGAGCACUCAACAGGCCACAAAUCCCCCAGGCGGGAUGGCAGCCGCGGCCAACGCGGCUGCGGCUGCCGCCGGCCUCACUCCCCUCCAACUACAACAGUUGCUUGCGGCAACCUCCAACACUGCGGCCUCUCAAGGCCUGGCCGGCUUGGCAGGACUUGGGGGUAACCCCAAUAUGAACUCCUCCUCGCCCACUGACAACUCCCCCAGCCUCCAAAGCUUGGCUGCUCUUGCCAACCUAUCUGCUGGCUCUGGGAGUGGGAGUAGCAUGUCGCCUGCCCUUGGUGCCGCUGCUGCAGCUGCCAUGGCCAAUGCAGUCAAUGGUCUUGGCUCUUGUACGUCACCUGCUUCCUCUGAUCAUCUCACCUCACCUUACUCCUAUGCCAGUGCCAACUUAUUCAUUUAUCACCUCCCCCAGGAGUUUGGGGAUGCAGAUCUAGCUCAAACCUUCCUGCCUUUUGGCAAUGUCAUCUCAGCCAAAGUCUUCAUUGACAAGCAGACUAAUCUCUCCAAGUGCUUUGGUUUUGUGUCAUAUGACAACCCAUUGAGUGCCCAAGCUGCCAUCCAGGCCAUGAAUGGCUUCCAGAUCGGGACAAAGCGGCUGAAGGUGCAACUGAAGCGCUCCAAAGACGCAAGCAAGCCGUACUGACCAGGCCCUCGGACCCUACGACCCUCCUUCCUUAUUCUGUUAUCUGUAGGUGGCGUUCAUGUGGAGUCCUGAUGUGGUUCAAUCCUCAGCCAAUGUCUCUGUGUUUCCCGUCUCCUCGUGCAUGCCAUGUCUCUCGUCGGGAAUGCAGACAUGAGUGUUAAUGGGAAAAAUCCCCAAACAGGAACUUGAUAUUUGUUCUAGAAGAGAACAAAACAAAAAGCUACAAAAAAAGAGCAAAAUUAUAUCAUUGGUCUCAAAAAAAAAAAGAAAUGCCCAAGCUCAGUUUCUGAUCCUCAUGUUCUUUCUCUCCUUUCCUUUUUUUUUUUUCAUGUCUCCUAAUCUCUACCUUUUUGUUUCUUCACUUCUGUGCUUCUAUCCAACUUUUUUGCAUCCAAGCCUAAUUUACCCCAAUCCGUAUAUUGGGUGCAUAUUCUGGAGACACUCAUGUUGAGACAUAGUUUGUGGUCCUCAUCCUCUUUCUGUUUCUGCUCAUGUUGUGUUGAAUAUGAAUCAGAAUCAAAACCAUCUAAUAAUCCUUCUGUGUUGUGAAACCUUUGAGAGAGAGAGAUGCCCAAAGAAGCCAAAGAUGAAUCCCUGUACUUUCCCUGCUCGUGUUAACACGUUCCGAAGUCCAUGUGAGCCCCUCUCGUUCUGGCCCCACCCCAUCACCGUCUUUGGUGGGACCAAACAUAAAAAGGAAAGAAAAAAGAGAUAUAAGGGAAACUUGCCGUCCUAUCACUUUCUCCACGAUCGUUCUGGGUCUUGUCGACAGCCAGUGUUUUUUCCUUUUGUGCUUGAUUUUUUUUUUGACUCCUGUACUUUUCUAGAAAUUUUUCCAUGGGUGUAUCUUGUUGUGGUUUUUUUGGGUCAAGUUUUGCUGUAUUAUGUACAUGUUUGUCUGCCAACCAUGCUGUGGUUUGUGGUUGCUAUCCAUAUGAUGAUUAUCUUUUCCAUAAUUUAUAUGAUGAGAGAUGCUAUAGUCCUUGAAGAAUAUUGUGCUCUUUGUCUAUCUCCUACCAUGUAUUCCCUUUCCUCGUCCGGCCUGUUUUUCUUCGUCCCGCGUCGAAGCGUUCGGAGUUGUUGAUCUAUUCAGUCAGGACAAAAGGUGAUCCCCGUGUGGUAUCUUGCUUGUCACCUUUUUUUUUUUCCACGAAGCAAAGAUAAAAGACAGUGUGUUUGAGCUGUUGACAAACGAGAAGAAAAUUUUUAAGAUGUACAACCCGAUUAUUUAAGCGAAGCUGUUGCGCAUAUCCCCGUUGUCUGAUCAUUCCGUGGUGCUAUUGAUGAUGAGCAGGGAUUUGCCACUUGAAUGCCGUGUCUUGAGCGCGUCUCUCCUCGGUUUUCAAAAGUUUCUCUUCCCUGUCCCAACUAAUUUUUUUGUUAGUUUUUUUUUCUCGUUCUUUCGAGCCUACGCCAACCUCUGUCGGUGGCGCACGAUGAGUAAGAUGUGCAAUAUGGAACACUUGAACUCUUGGGCCCCUCCUUGCUGUUUCUGUAUCUCUAUAUACCCUGUCUUUUUUCUGACUGAGUGGAAGAAUCAACGGAUGGAGCGAGACAUCUAUUCCAAAAGAAAAAGCCCUGAUUCCAGAAAAUACAAGAAUUAUUCCAGUGACAAGUUUUUUUCGUUUGUUACAAACAUGAGUCACACAGUUGAAGAGGUGUUGUUUCAUUGUUGUGUAUAGUCUGUGGUCACUGUUACAAGUGAAUUACGAGGAGAGAUGGUGGUGUUUUCUGUCGAAGAGUCGAGAGCAACGAGAGAGUAUUGUAUCAAUGGCAGCAGAGAUUGGGAAGAGAAUAAAAAAAAAAACUAUUUUCAGUUUGCAAAC